AUUCAAACCAGCAAAGAUUGGCAGCUUCCUUGGGUGAUAACUGGGGAUUUUAACGCCAUAUACUCACCUGAUGAAAAGCACGGGGUUAGUUCCUUGCAAGAUCUCAGGAGGUGUCGGAGGUUUGCAAACUGGAUAAACGAAGCUAUGCUGCUGGAUCUCGGGUUUAUAUAUAGGGUCGUGUUUCACUUGAUUUAGAGGGGACUCGAUGACUACUCACAAAGCUAGUCGGAUUGACAUGACCCUAUGCAACGAUGAUUGGAACCUCACCUUCCCCAACACCACAGUUCAACAUCUACCGAAAUUCCACUCAAACCAUCUCCCCAUCCUAACUAGCUACGCUGGGACUCAGACAGAGGCUGACAUUUCAAACGCUUUUCGCUUUGAGGCUGCCUGGUUGCUCCAUCCUCAAUUCCAGGAUUUUAUGGCUGGGAAUUGGGAUAAAGAGGCAAUGCUUAUCAGCUCCCUCAAGGAUAUGGCGAGCAAAAUGCAGCAAUGGAAGAAGGAAGUAUUUGGGUCCACAUACCGCAAAAAGAAACACUUAUUUGCUAGGUUUCAGAGGAUCACCGAAAGGCUUGCUAUCGCUUUGAAUCCUGGGCUUUUGAAACUUCAGAUAAAGCUGGAAAAGGAGCUAGACUUGAUUUUAGCUCAAGAAGAGGUGUAUUGGUUUCAAAGAGCCAACGAAAAAUGGGUGUGACUUGGAGAGCAGAAUACUUUUUUCUUCCAUCAACAAGCUACUAGAAGGAGGAGAAGGAAUAGGAUUCUAGCUCUGCGUAAUGGCAAUGGCGAUUGGAUCGACAAUGUGGAGUAUCUCCAAACUAUGGUGGUCGACUUCUACAGGAUGCUAUAUACUUAGGAGGAAGGGGAGUACGAAGAACUGAUGCCGAGAGGCAAUUUUCCUUGCCUAAAUCAAGAAGAGUUAAUGUUUCUGCUACGCCCGGCCGUUUCACAUCUCUGACCUUCAUAAAGCCAUUUUUUAGAU